UAAUGAUGGUGGAUACGGAGGCGGAUACGGAGGUGGAUACGGAGGUGGAUACGGAGGCGGUUAUGGUUACGGAAAAAGAGAAACAAAUGAAGAUGAAGAUCAUGAAGGCGGAGAUGGUGAAGACGGUGGAGAUGGAACCGAAGAAAAAGGUGGAGACGGAGGCAAAGGAGGUGGUCGUUACGGCGGAAAAGGUGGUGUUGGAGGAGGAAACCGUGGUGAAAACAAAGCAAGCGACGGAAAUAAAGAAAAAGACGGAAAUGGUGAAAACGGUGGAGACGGAACCGAAGAAAAAGGUGGAAAAGGUGGCAGAGGAGGUGGUCGUUACGGUGGAAAAGGUGGAGUUGGAGGAGGCGGAAGGAAGUAACGAAUGUUUACAAGCUAUCAAAAAAUUUUAUCUUACAUGAUCUGAAUUUAACAUUGCGCUCUUUAAUAACAUUUAUUUAAAAAUAUAGUAUGAAAAGAAUGUAAUUCAAGUUUUCGGUAAAUCUUGUAUAUUUUAAUAUAUUUUUAAACAAGUAUUUUCUCAGUUUAUUUUUUUUAAAAAAAUACUAC